UUUCUAGGUAGACAAUGUUAUUAGCUCAGAUAAAUCGAGACUCUCAGGGAAUGACUGAAUUUUCUGGAGGAGGAAUGGAGGCCCAGCAUGUGACUCUUUGUCUAACAGAAGCUGUGGCUGUGCAAGAUGGUGACAACUUAGAAAACAUGGAAGGUGUAAGUUUGCAAGCAGUUACUCUUGCUGAUGGCUCCACUGCUUACAUACAGCACAAUUCUAAAGAUGGUAAAUUAAUGGAUGGCCAAGUGAUUCAAUUAGAAGAUGGUUCUGCUGCUUAUGUUCAACAUGUACCCAUGCCUAAAAGCAGUAACAUUGUAAUUCUUUCUUCUGAACAGGGGACAGCUUUGGUUCAGCUGGAAGAUGGAACUACAGCAUUUAUUCAUCACACCUCGAAAGACAGCUACGACCAGAGUGCAUUACAAGCAGUCCAGCUGGAGGAUGGAACUACUGCCUACAUUCACCACACGGUGCAGAUGCCACAGUCGGAUACCAUUUUAGCCAUUCAAGCUGAUGGCACAGUGGCAGGUCUUCAUACAGGAGAUGCUGCCAUUGACCCAGAUACCAUCAGUGCUUUGGAGCAAUAUGCAGCUAAGGUGUCUAUUGAUGGAAAUGACAGUGUUAGUGGCACAGGAAUGAUAGGUGAAAAUGAACAAGAUAAAAAAAUGCAGAUUGUCUUGCAAGGACAUGGAACAAGAGUGACUCCAAAAUCUCAGCAGAGUGGAGAGAAAGCCUUUCGCUGUGAUUAUGAUGGCUGUGGAAAACUGUACACAACAGCUCACCAUCUUAAGGUGCAUGAAAGGUCACACACAGGAGACAGACCGUAUCAGUGUGAACAUCCUGGAUGUGGCAAAGCCUUUGCAACAGGGUAUGGGUUAAAAAGUCACGUCCGAACACACACUGGUGAAAAGCCUUAUCGGUGCACAGAAGAAAACUGCACCAAAUCAUUCAAGACUUCAGGGGACCUGCAGAAACAUAUCCGAACACACACAGGCGAAAGGCCCUUUAAGUGUCCAUUUGAAGGAUGUGGCAGGUCAUUCACAACAUCUAAUAUUAGAAAGGUUCACAUCAGGACACACACAGGCGAAAGGCCUUAUUACUGUACAGAGCCAGGAUGUGGGAGAGCUUUUGCCAGUGCAACUAAUUAUAAGAAUCAUGUGAGAAUACACACAGGGGAGAAGCCCUAUGUCUGCACAGUUCCUGGUUGUGAUAAGCGUUUUACGGAGUAUUCCAGUUUAUACAAACAUCAUGUUGUACAUACUCAUUCCAAACCAUAUAAUUGUAAUCACUGUGGGAAAACAUACAAGCAGAUUUCUACACUUGCUAUGCACAAGCGGACAGCACACAAUGACACAGAGCCCAUUGAAGAAGAACAAGAGGCUUUUUUUGAGCCACCUCCAGGUCAAGGCGAAGAUGUUCUCAAAGGCUCCCAGAUAACCUAUGUGACAGGUGUGGAGGGAGAAGAUGUCAUUUCUGCACAGGUUGCUACAGUUACUCAAUCAGGAUUAGGUCAACAAGUAGCACUAAUAUCCCAGGACGGAACGCAACAUGUCAACAUAUCGCAGGCAGAUAUGCAGGCCAUUGGCAAUACUAUCACUAUGGUAACACAAGAUGGCACCACCAUCACAGUCCCUGCCCAUGACGCCGUCAUCUCUUCUGCAGGAACACAUUCCGUAGCAAUGGUUACUGCAGAAGGCACCGAAGGACAGCAGGUUGCUAUUGUGGCUCAAGACUUAGCAGCAUUUCAUAGUGCCUCAUCAGAAAUCGGACAUCAGCAACAUGGGCACCAUUUAGUGACUACAGAAACUAGGCCUGUUACAUUGUUGGCUACAUCCAAUGGAACACAAAUUGCAGUACAGCUUGGAGAACAACAGUCUCUGGAAGAAGCCAUUAGAAUAGCCUCCAGAAUACAACAGGGUGAAACGCCAGGGAUUGAUGAUUAACUUCUAAAACUGCUACCGGAACAAUAGAGUGAAAGGUAUUUUAUUUUCAAUCAACAAAGGUCCAUGCCAGCAGCAACCCAUAAAAACUUUGAAGUUCCCUGCUCGUUGAUACUCUGUACACAUUUUAUGCAAGAGCGAAGAACAUUUUGUAAGUUUUGUGUACAUAACCCUUGGAAUGGACUGACAUCAUCUACUUCCAACCAUUGUAUAUUCAGGAAUAUGGAAUUAGGAUUAUACAGUAAAUUUCCUUGUUAUCCUUUCAUCAGAUUUCAGACUGGUCUACAAGCAAGUGAAAAAAUAAAUAGAAGUAUUGGAAUUAAUUUUUAAUCUCAUGUACAAAUAAUGAAGGCAUUACUGAAGAUUUCAAAUGUUCAAAAUACUAUUAAAAAUCAUCAUUUCAGGAACCCUUACAAGUAAUAAAGACGACAAAGCCUUUUAAAUUGCAUUCCAUAAAAGGAAAAGUCUUGGAUUUUGAGCCUACUGUAAAUCUUCGUAUUUUGAUUUGUUUCAUACAGAUUUGAAUACUCUUUAGAUUAUCCACCCCAUCUCAUUCAUUGUAAAUACAGACUGUUAAUGCUGGAAGUGCUAAUUAUAUUAUCUUUAAAUUGGAUUAUGUACAAAGGAGAAACUUUGGUUGUUCAAUAUUAAAGGAAGUAAAUCUAA